CUCAUAAACCUUUCAAAUCACACACACUUUCUUCCACUAAUCUUCUUCUCUAUCUUCUUCUUCAAUCUCCACCACCAGCAAUGGCCACCACCAUUAGUAUUACUCCACCAACAUCUACAACCACCGUCCAACACAUCACCAAGGCUUCCUCCGACCAACUCCUCAGCAAAUUCGCCGAACUCGAUUCUCCCAAAAAAUCGUUGAAACGACAAAAGAGAUCAGCUCAAUCAACAGUGCCGGUGACUCGCCGUGAAAGCUCUGAAGGUAUCUUAGCUGAACGGAAGUCGUUGCUGGUUCCUGUAGCGUCUGCUCGCAGAUCUUCAGGUGCGGCUGCGUUUGUUAGGCAGUUGAAGGUCGGGAGAGUGAAUUUUAGGGCUAGGAAUUUCAGGAAGAGAUCCUUUUUUGGAACAAUCGAGAAGACAUGGCAAAGAACUCUUGAUGGAGCGUCGAAGGUGUUCAUGGAGAAGCAGUAUAACCGGCAUAAACGCUUGCUAAGUGACACAAUCUAAAUCAACAUUUUUGCUGAUGAUGUUGAUAAUCGUGUGGAGAUAAUUAGGGAUUUCGUCAUAAAGUAUCCAAAAAUAUGAGAUUUUAUUUUCACAUAUAUUCAUAGGACGGUAGGACGGAAUCCCUAAUUGUUACUUAUUUCUUGUGUGUGAUAGAAUACUUAUUGUUUUCUAUUCUUUUAUUAAAUUACUUGAAUAAAGGUAUAUCCAUCUUAUGCUUGUACAUUUGCAAUCA